AUGUGGCAGGCUACACAUUUCGCUCUUUUGCUGGCGGCAAUCACGCCAGCUUUCGCUGUAGACAUUGUCGUUGAUCUGGGAUACGCGACCUACUCCGGCGCUAUUCAUGAAGAAGGCGUAAGCAAGUGGCUUGGGAUGCGAUACGCCGCUCCUCCACUUGGUGAUUUGCGGUUCGCCGCACCACAGGAUCCUCCUAAGGAGAUCGGGAUCCAAAAUGCUACGGAGAACGGAUACAUCUGCCUGCCGCAGCAGCCGAAUGACUGGACCGUCACCACCAAAACGACCAAGUUUACCGCCGGUGAAGAUUGCCUGUACAUCAGCGUUUACGCUCCCACAGGCGCAACGGUCGACUCCAGACUCCCUGUCAUGUUCUUCCUCCAAGGUGGCGGGUUUGGUUCCAACUCCAGCCCUAACUGGGAUCCCUCUGAGAUCGUCAGAGAAGAGAACAUCGUCGUUGUGCAGUUCAACUACCGUGUCGGAGCUUGGGGAUUUCUCCAGAGUGCGGAGGUCAAAGCUGGCGGCAGCUUGAACAACGGCAUCAAGGACCAACUGAAGGCCCUCGAAUGGGUCCAAAGGCACAUCUGCCGUUUUGGGGGCAACCCGGACCAGGUCGUGCUCGACGGAGUCAGUGCCGGCGGUGCGUCCGUUGGACUUUUGAUGGCUGCGAAUCUGGAGAGCCCGCCGUUCGUCGGAGGCAUGAGCCACUCGGGCGCCUGGGUGAGCAUGAGAACGAUGGAACUGGGACAGCUCCAGUACGACUGUCUGGUAAAGGACAAGCACUGUGGCAACUCUACCGAUACCCUCGCCUGUCUCCGCAAGGCCGAACACGUGAUGACUAGCAACUGCUGGUUCAACCCCCAUAUUGACGGCGAGCUGUACACCGACUCCAUGCUCAACCUCUUUGCCCAGGGCAACUACAGCAAGCUCCCUACGAUCUGGGGAUCCGACGCCAACGAAGGCACGAAGUACAACGCGCCACAGGACACCGACACCGUCGAGCAAGCUGCCACCUGGCUCAAAAACUCGGACCCUACCAUCACCGAUGCCGCUGUCGCGAUCCUGGAGAAGCUCUGGCUCGUCAAGAACGAGACCCAUUUCCCCGAAUCGGGACGCAAGUGGAGGAACGCCGCCAACGCUAUCGGGGACAUCGGCACUCACUGCAUCAUCAAGAACAUCCAGGACUUCAUCGCCGCCGACGGAGGCUUGACCUGGAACUACAAGUACACCGUUCUCGACCCGACUGACGAGGCGAUCGGGUUCGGCGCCUGGCACACGGUCGAUGCCUACGCCCUCUGGGGUCCCUCCCGAACGGACGGCGGAGCCCCCGCCACCUACACCACGACGAACGCGCCCAUCAUCCCGCUGGUGAGGAAGUACCUCACGAGCUUCAUGCGCACUCUCGACCCCAACAUCGACCGGGAGGUGGGCGCGCCGGACUGGACCACGUGGAACGGCGCCGAGACGCGGGAGAGGCUGUUCAUCCAGACCAACAACACGAAGAUGGAGGUCAUGUCCGAGGCGCAGAGUCUGAGGUGCCAGAUCGUCAGGCCCAUGUCGGACAAUUUCGGGAAGCCGAAGCCCGAGGGCGAGACGACGGACUUUGAUGCGACGCUUGCUGCUACGUACGGGAGCGCCAGCGAGUCGACGGAUAUCACACCACGACCUGGGUAUGUUCGUCGACGGCUGUAA